UCUCCGCAGAACCCGGGGCCGCCCUUCUCAGGCUAUGCUCUUCAACCAGUUAUAAACCGGGAGUUCAGCUCAGCCAGGCCCACUACCUCCUUGACCGACAUGACAACGAUAUUGUCUUACUUUCAAACGCUGGUCAGCGUUCAGUACGCUGCUUGGUUGCUGCUGGCUCCUGUGCUCGUUCUCCUCGUUCAUUUCGUCCCUUACCUGCGUGAUCCGCAUCGCAUCCGUUCCUAUCCGGGCCCAUUCCUCGCGAAGCUCUCCGAUGCAUGGCUAGGCUGGGUGGCUGCGAAGGGACACCGUUCCGAGGUCGUUCACAAACUUCAUCAGAAACAUGGCAAAUUUGUCCGCAUUGCACCCGACCAUGUGUCCAUCAGCGAUCCUGAGGCCAUUCAGGAAGUUUACGCCCACGGCAAUAGCACGACAAAGUCCAACUUCUACGAUGCGUUCGUGUCCAUUCAGCGCGGUCUGUUUAACACGCGCUCGCGCCCAGAGCAUGCUCGUAAACGCAAGAUAGUCUCGCACAUCUUCUCCCAGAAGAACGUGCUCGACUUCGAGCCAUAUGUUCGCAUGCACAUCGCUGCACUAAUGAAGCAGUGGGACCGCCUCUGCGAUCUCAGUGCGAAGGGACUCUCUGGCGAAGAAGGUGAGGGCGGAUGGAAAGGCCGUGACGGCAGACUCUGGCUUGACUGCCUCCCGUGGUACAACUACUUGGCUUUCGACAUUAUCGGUGACCUGGCAUUCGGUGCGCCCUUUGGCAUGCUCCAAGCCUGCGCGGACGCUGCACCCGUGGCCGUAUCUCAAAAGGACGCAAUGGCCUCGUACGGUGAGAGCGGGUCGCCAGAAAUCACCUAUUUCCCUGCCGUCCAAGUUCUCAAUGACCGCGGCGAGUACUCUGCAUCGAUAGGCGUCCUGCCUCAUUACUGGCGUCCCUUGGCCGUGCGGUUCAUACCCUGGUAUCGGAAUGGCAACAAGGCCGUGAAGCGCCUUGCGGGAAUCGCUAUCGCUGCGGUGGCGAAGAGACUGACCACUCCUACUGACCGUGUGGACCUGCUCGGUAAGCUUCAAGAGGGCAAGGACGAUGAAGGUAACCCGAUGGGAAGGGAGGAGCUCACUGCGGAAGCUCUCACCCAGCUGAUCGCUGGCUCGGACACGACAUCCAACUCCUCUUGUGCAAUUACAUACUUCCUCGCAGCCAACCCGAUGGUGCAGCAGAAGCUCCAGCGCGAGCUCGACGCAGCCCUCGGCAACGACGACGACCCAGUGGCAACCUACGAGCAGGUCAAGCGUCUCCCCUACCUGGACGCCGUCAUCAACGAGGCACUGCGCGUGCAUUCGACCUCUGGGAUCGGCCUCCCCCGCGUGGUACCCGAAGGCGGCAUCACUGUCUGUGGGCAGUUCUUCCCCGAGGGCACCGUCUUGUCUGUACCGACGUAUACAGUCCAUAGGGACAAAGAGGUGUGGGGAGAGGAUGUGGAGGUAUUCAGGCCUGAGAGAUGGGAAGAGUGCGACAAGAAUGAGAUGCAGAAGGCGUUCAACCCGUUCUCCUUUGGGCCGCGGACAUGUGUCGGCCGUAACCUGGCAAGCCUGGAGCUGCUCGUCAUUAUCUCCUCCAUCCUGCGCCGAUACCACUUCGUGCUGCAGGAACCUGAAAAGAAGUUCGAGACACGGGAAGGUUUCCUCCGCAAGCCAGUGCAAUGUAAAGUCGGCAUCAGGCGGAGGACGGUGUGAUCAGAAUUACAUUAUUCGGCCGCGUCCUCGAACCUCGUCGACUAUGUCGCUUGCGUAUAGAUUAACGAUGCCCCUGCUCUAUUCAUGCGUUCUCGGCGCAGUUUCUCACCAGACAACGUCUCUCGGAGGACAGUCAGUUGCACCGGCCUUUAAUGGCGGUUAUGUCGACGUAUACGAAAGUACUGGUCUCAUCGACGGCAAUAGCUUUCAUUAUCGGUUAUCAUCAAAUAUACGUCUAGACCAUUCCAACGUGGCCGGUCAACAGUCAGGCCAGACGCCUAUGCGCUGGCGGGGGGCUUGCAUCCGAAGCCAGUGGCAGAGGCCCAGCAGGU